AUGGGUGGAUUAGAUUACCUUCUUUUCGAAGAAGCUACUGGUUAUGCCAUUUUCAAAGUAUUAAUCCAACAAGAUGAUGUUUCUGCCAGACUGAAGGAAGUUCAAGAAGCUGCCAAUGAUUUAGGUAGAUUUUCUAAAAUGAUUGAAUUAGUUUCAUUCGCUCCAUUUAAAGGUGCAGCUCAAGCUUUAGAAAAUGCUAAUGAUAUUUCUGAAGGUUUAGUUAGUGAUUAUUUAAAAUCUGUUUUAGAAUUAAAUAUUCCAAAAGGUUCAGAAAAGAAGAAAAUUUCUUUAGGAGUUUCUGAUAAAAAUUUAGGUCCAUCAAUUAAAGAAAAUUUCCCAUUCAUUGAUUGUUUCUCUAAUGAAAUUGCUCAAGAUUUCUUAAGAGGUAUUAGAAACCAUGGAGUCAAAUUAUUUAAAGAUUUACAAGAUGGUGAUAUUGAAAGAGCUCAAUUAGGUUUAGGACAUGCAUUUUCAAGAGCUAAAGUUAAAUUCUCAGUUCAAAAAAAUGAUAACCAUAUUAUUCAAGCUAUUUCUUUAUUAGAUCAAUUAGAUAAAGAUAUAAAUACUUUCUCCAUGAGAGUUAAAGAAUGGUAUGGAUGGCAUUUCCCUGAAUUAGCAAAAAUUGUUCCUGAUAAUUAUAUUUUUGCUAAAUUAGCCCUUAACAUUCAAGAUAAAUCUUCAUUAACUGAUGAUUCAUUACAUGACAUUGCUGCCAUUGUUAAUGAAGAUUCUGGUUUAGCUGAAAGAAUUAUCUCAAAUGCUAAAAUUUCAAUGGGUCAAGAUAUUAGUGAAAUUGAUAUGUUAAAUGUUUCAACUUUUGCUAAAAGAGUUGUUUCAUUAACUGAAUACAGACAAUCAUUAUAUAAAUAUUUAACUGAAAAGAUGAAUACUGUUGCUCCAAAUUUAUCUACUUUAAUUGGUGAAGUUGUUGGUGCUAGAUUAAUUUCUCAUGCUGGUUCUUUAACCAAUUUAUCAAAACAAGCUGCUUCAACUGUUCAAAUUUUAGGUGCUGAAAAAGCUUUAUUCAGAGCUUUAAAAACUAAAGGUAAUACUCCAAAAUAUGGUUUAAUUUAUCAUUCAUCAUUCAUUGGUAAAGCUGCUACUAAAAAUAAAGGUAGAAUUUCAAGAUAUUUAGCUAACAAAUGUUCAAUCGCUUCAAGAAUUGAUAAUUAUUCUGAUGAACCAUCAAAUGCUUUUGGUGAAAUCUUGAAAAAGCAAGUUGAAGAAAGAUUAAAUUUCUAUAAUACUGGUGCUCCUCCAAUGAAAAAUAGUGAUGCUAUUAAACAAGCUUUAGAAUUACAAGGUGAUCUUGGUUUAGAUAAUGAUGAAGACGUUUCAAUGGCUGAUGAAACUACUAUUAUUGAAGAUGGUGAAGGUAAGAAGAAGAAGAAAGAUAAGAAAGAUAAGAAAGAUAAGAAAGAUAAAAAGGAUAAGAAAGAUAAAAAAGAAAAGAAACGUAAAGCUGAAUCUGAUGAAUCUCCAAAGAAAAAGAAAAAGAAGUCAAAGGAUUAA